AUGAGGUUCUUUCAAAAAGUAUGGAUCGUGAUAACGUGUAUCAUAGCAAUUCUUUUCCAAUCAUCUUCGUUUUUAACAGAGAAAUUAAACAGUGUGGUUUAUGAACAAAACUUAUUCAAGACAUAUUUUGAAAACAUUCGUCAAAUUAAAACAUUCCACUAUGAUCCAGAACGGAAAUUCUUGACAAGACCUGCAACAAAUUCAUAUUCACAAAAAAUAUUAGUUGAUGAAUCUCGUGAUGAUAUUACCCCGGGAAGGGAAAAUGCCACUAUUGUUAUGCUUGUACGAAACUGGGAAUUGGAUCAAGCUUUAGAAUCAAUGAGAUCUUUAGAGGAUAGGUUCAAUAAGAAAUAUAGAUAUCCUUGGACUUUUUUAAAUGACGUUCCAUUUGAUGCGGAAUUUAUUGAAGCCACGUCAUUGAUGGCUUCAGGUGAAACUGAAUAUGGUUUAAUACCCAGUGAAGAUUGGAAUAGACCACCAUGGAUUAAUGAAACUCAAUUUGAAGAAUCUUUGCAACAAAUGACUGAAGCUAAAGUGCUUUAUGGUGAUUCAAGAUCUUAUAGAAAUAUGUGUCGUUUCAAUUCAGGUUUUUUCUAUAAACAACAAUUAUUACAAAAAUAUGAAUGGUAUUUUAGAGUGGAACCUAGUGUUCAAUAUUAUUGUGAUUUUAAUUAUGAUCCUUUCCAAGUGAUGAGACUAAAUGGGAAGAAAUAUGGGUUCAUCAUUGCAAUCCAUGAAUAUGAAGAAACUAUCCCAACUUUAUACGAUACGGUUAUGGAUUUCAUAGAGGAGAAUCCACAAUAUUUACACCCAAAUAGUUCAAUAGACUUCAUCACAGAUAUGAGUUCAUUAUCAAACAUGCAUAUAAGAUUAGAUUUGGCAAAUGACUAUAAUUUAUGCCAUUUUUGGAGUAAUUUUGAAAUUGGGAACUUGGAUUUCUUCAGAAGUGAAGCAUAUGAAGCAUUUUUCAACUACUUGGAUAAAAAAGGUGGGUUUUAUUAUGAAAGAUGGGGUGAUGCUCCUGUUCAUACUUUGGGUGUUUCAUUAUUAAUGGAUAAGGAUGAGAUUCAUUACUUUGAAGAUAUUGGUUAUUAUCAUGGUCCUUUUGGCAAUUGUCCAAGUAGUAAUGCAUUAAGAUUAAGUAAAAGAUGUGUGUGUGAUCCUCAAGAUGAAAGCGUGGUUGAUAUUGAAGAACAUAGUUGUAUACCCAGAUGGUGGAAAGUUGGUGGAAAAACAUUCUUGAAAGAUAAAGGAACUUUUUAA